AGCUCCUCGCGUCCUACCAAGCAGUCGGUGCAGUCGCCAUUUUGUCCUCCUCAAUCUGCACCUUCAACAACAUUAUAUUAGCGUGUUAAAAUCAACGCUACACUACUUAGAAGAUUUCUCAACCUUUCUUCAUCGCAUUUCUUCGCUAUUUUAAGGCGGAAUGGGUGACCAAUACGGCGGCGGCGGUGGCGGUUAUGCUGGAUACGCAGCACACGGUGUAGAUGAUGCUUACUCUGGAUAUCAGGACCGCGGACGAGGUGGAGGUGGAGGAAGGGGUGGUGGCGGAGGUCGUGGUGGAGGAGGAGGAGGAUUUCGAGGAGGGGAUAGAGAUGGCGGAUAUGGUGGAGGACGCGGUGGUGGUGGAGGCGGUUACAGAGGAGAUAGAGAUGGCGGUUCAAGAGGGGGAGGAGGUUACGGAGGUGGUGGCGGUGGAGGCUAUGGAGGAGGCGGUGGAGGCUAUGGAGGAGGCGGUGGAGGACGUGGUGGAGGAGGCGGAGGGUUUGGAGGUGGUGGAGGAGGAGGAAGCUACGCUCCUGUAGACAAAGUUCCAUCAGACAAUCAGAUAUUUGUGCAGGGAUUGCCUUAUGAUGCCACAGAAGAAGAUAUUGCUCAGUUCUUCGGUUCCAUCGGAGUUAUCAAGAUGGACAGAAAGACGGGAAAACAGAAGAUUUUUGUUUACACCGACAAGAUGACAGGACAGCCUAAAGGUGAGGCUACUGUCACAUAUGACGACCCUAACGCAGCUCAGAGUGCUAUACAGUGGUUCAAUGGGAAAGACUUCAAUGGUAAACUUAUCAAGGUCACUAUGGCAAUGAUUAGAGGACCUCCGCCAGGAGGAUUCCCUGGUGGCCGAGGUGGAGGAGGUCGUGGAGGUGGUUUCGGUGGAGGCAGAGGAGGAGGAGGCGGCGGAUAUGGAGGAGAUAGAGGAGGUGGAGGAUUCCGGGGUGGCGACAGAGGAGACCGAGGUGGUGACAGAGGAGACCGAGGUGGCGGAGGUGGAGGAAGCGCUAGACCUGGAGACUGGAGUUGUGAAUGUGGAAACAAUAACUUUGCAUGGAGGGAUGCGUGCAACAAAUGUCAAGCUCCCAAGCCCGGCGGAGGAGGAGGAGGGGGUGGCGGAGGAUUUGGAGGCGGUGGUGGAGGAGGCCGGGACAGAGAUGGUGGUAGAGAUGGAGGCGGUGGAGGUUUUAAAAUGGGAGAUAGAGGGUUUAGAGGAGGGGGAGGAGGGUUUGGUGGUCGUGGAGGCGGAGGAUUCGGUGGUCGUGGAGGCGGAGGAUUCGGUGGUCGAGGUGGAGGUGGGUUUGGAGGUCGUGGAGGUGGAGGCCGUGGUAGAGGAGGUGGCGGAGGCGGAAGAUUUCAGCGCAGUGGACCAGAUGAGGAACGUAUCAGCUCUGAGGUUCAAAUAUUUAUAGAAGGAUUACCGCUCUCUGCUAAGAUACCUGAGCUUGUUCAAUACUUCAGCUCUGUUGGAAAUAUUAAAUCUGAUCGUGAAACUAAAAAACCUCGUGUCUGGUUGUACCACGAUAAAACAACUGGACAGCCGACUGGUGAGUGCACUAUUACCUACUGUGACUCUGCUAGCCAGCAGAGUGCUCUACAAACAUUUAACAAUCAAAUGUAUCAAGGACAUCCUAUCAGAGUAACACCUAGUAUUGUCAAACCACAUAUGGCCAAGUUGCCACCAAAGCCAGAGGGUGGAAGAGGACGGGGAAGAGGGAGGGGCGGAGACAGAGGCAGAGGAGGGGGAUUCGGAGCCAGGGGAGGGGGUGGAGGAGGGUUUGGAGGACGGGGUCGUGGUAGAGGAGGCGGAGAUAGAGGCGAAAGGGAGAGCAGUGGGGGUUAUGGAGGGGGCAGAUACGAAUCUAGGGGUGGUGGCGGAUUUGGAUCAAGAGGUGGGGGUGGAUAUGGUUCGGGGGGGGAUGGUGGUUUUGGGGCCGGAAGUGGUGGCGGAUACGGAUCAGGGGGCGGCGGAUACGGAUCUGGGGGCGGUGGAUACGGAUCAGGAGGAAGCGGAGGAUAUGGAUCAGAAAGUGGUGGAUAUGGAUCAGUAAGCGGAGGAGGAUAUGGAUCAGGAGGCGGAGGCUAUAGUACAGGAGGCUAUGAAUCUGGCGGUGGCUAUAGCACAGGAGCUGAUGGAGGCUAUGGGUCAGUUGGAGGCGGAGGAUAUAGCUCUGGUGCUGGUGGAGGCUACAGUACAGGAGGUGCCUCAGGGUAUGGAGCUGAAAAUUCUUACGGCGGAAAUUCUGGCUACGGCGGCGGAGAGUAUGAUGAAGGCUUGUAUGGUGGCGGGGGGAAGGAAUAUAGUGGUUCCAGUUAUGGACAGAAUAGACAACGACCAUACUAAGCUGUUUUUAUUCUCGUCGAUUUUUCUCAAAACACGAACGCAAUGUAAAGCAUUACCUUUUUCGACACGUAAAAUAAAGUGUUGUUUCUGAAGAUAUAAAAUACGUUUGGUUCUAAUGAUAAAAAAAAAAUUGAAGGAAAGAUCCUUUUUCAGUGUUAGAGAGUUUAGUUAAUCUAAACAUGAAAUAGAUAAGUGUGCUGUAAAAUGUUAAGUUAAAAGUAUCGCUUUGUUGAAACAAAUUCAAGGUAUCUUAAGUUUAGUACCCAGUAGCUCUAAGUUUGAAACUAAGAGCCAUCAGGUAUACAUAAUCCUAAGCAGAGAUUUAACUUGAAUGUUCCCGUUUAUAGAUAUUUAUUGUUAUCAAUAAUGAGACAGAAGUGUAACAACAACUUAUUCCAAGAAAGAGAUUGGAUUAAUGAACUAAUUUAAGAUGUAUGAAGUAGUGUAUAUAAUGUUUAUAAUAUGAAUAUCGAAUGAAGAUUAAAGGGUUCAUCACGAAAAUCGAGUGUUAAAGGGAACUAUGGCGCAAUUCGCGAGGAUUGUCUCGGAGCGUUCGUUGUAGCAAGUAAGGAGUAGAACGGGCUUGGAAUCUCUUUGGAAUCUACACAAUAUAGUUCGAAGGACGAGGGAAAUGUAAUGUUGAGAGGUGAAAAGGAACGGGACGGGAAAUAGACCGGAACGGGAAAGGGAACGGGACGAGAAAAGGAACGGGACGGGAAAAGGAACGGGACGGGAAAUAGACCGGAACGGGAAAGGGAACGGGACGAGAAAAGGAACGGGACGGGAAAAGCUGAAAAUAUCGGGUUCUGACAGUCUGUGUUAUUACAACGCCAAGAUCUUGAAAUUCUGACCAACAUUCACUUGCUGAAUUAAGUUGAAAAUAGAUUAAAUAAAUUCAUUCAUUCAAUUAAGUUUUAUUUGUGCAGUUAUUAAUUGCACUCAAAAUAUUACGAGAGCGUUUUGAUGAAUUUAAUUAAAUUAGAUUUUUUCCAUAGUUAUCCUGCACGUCUUAGAAAUUUAGAAUUCAUCCUCAAUAAAUGGUCAAAAAAGUA